UCACUUCCGCCCAGUGGUGUAUCGCCACACUGCGCAGGUGUGCGUGCGGCACAGCUAGCCGUGAUUAUCAUCACUUCCAUUGCUAAAAACAUUACAAAAUGCUAUCUUGUAACAUCAUCUUAACAUACUGAUUUUUCCUCACUGUUUUUUUGACCCGGCUCUGCGCUGAGUGACUUCGCUUGAUGUAAAAUUUUGAUAAACAACGCUGGAGCUAUUAAGCUAACUAGCACCAGAGCUAGCGCUACCAAACAGAGCCACGCCAAGAUGGACGAAGCUACUGCUGCGGCAAUGAAAGAGGACGGAGCAGGAGAGACCCCCCAUAAUGGAGACAGACAAUCGGAGAACAACGACGGUACGUCGGCUGAGGACCCCGCUGAUGGGGUUGGGGUUUUCUGCUGUCGGGAUUGUGGAGAAGCCUUUAGAGAGGAGGCAGCCUACUUGGAGCAUCGCCAUCAGCACCCCAAGGAGAGCGUGUUUUUAGACAACCAGUUGGAUGGCUUACAUGACGCAGAAAAGGACAGCGAAACAGCUAAUAUCUGUACUCUAUGUUCACUCUCAUUUGUUGAACCAAGUGAGUUCCUCUCGCACAUGGAGAAGAACCACGGUCAAACCUCCCAAAAGGAUUCUAGCAUUCAAAUAAAUUCUGGGAUAACGAAGCAGCACACUUAUGAAUGUCCAGACUGCGGGAAAUGUUACGGUGUGAUUGGACACUUUCUCAACCACCAGCGCUCACACAGACAAGCCUCCAAGUCAGUUUUUCAUGACCUCGAACAUUUGAAAAAGAAGUCGUUUCAGUGCGAGUCUUGUGGGCGGAAUUAUUCUCGCGCUUCAGCUCUUGAUGCGCACCGCCGUUGUCAUGAGGAAAAGUUAGUUAAGUCACGAAACAGGAGUUCAGGAGAUGCAUUUCACACUGAGGAGUCAGUAGUUGAAGCCAAGCCCAGUGAAAACCAGACAGAUGAUGCUCCUGAAAAAGCUUUUAAGUGUUCAUGCGGUAAAGCAUUUACUGCUCUUAUGCGCCUUAAAACCCAUCAGCGAUUUAGCCGCAACAGUCAAUGCUCUCCUGAAGAAAUGAAAGAAAAACCAAAGAAAAGCAGCAAUGAGUUUUACUGUAGUGAGUGUAAAAAGGCUUUCAAUGGUCAUAUCGCCCUCUUCAACCAUCAGCGAUGGCAUGCUAAUCACUCAAAUGAUUCAGCGAAAAGGUUCCCUUGUGAGGAAUGUGGAAAAGUAUUUAUGACUCUAACCUUCUACUACAGACAUCAGCGCACGGCGCACAGCGACGAGACCCCAGCAAAGUCGUUUCUUCAUCAAGUAUGUCAGCUACAGAAGAAGGCAUUUGAAUGUAAAGAUUGUGGGCUCAGGUUUUCCAGGGCCUCAGCGCUUCACUCACAUCAGCUUCAUCAUACGGAUGUUUUCAAAGAAACAGAGAAGGAAGCCAAGCUGCGCACCUCUCUGUUACCUCAACAGAAAGCUUCGGAAAGUGAAACAAAAGAGACUGAGAAGGACCAAGUGGAAGCUGAGAACAUGCCUCCUACCAGUGUGGCUGAAGAAGACUCUCAUGUAAAUGAGAUUGAUGAAGACAUGGAGAGUUAUGAACCCGGGGACUUUAAUGUACAAGUGAUCAGUGCAAGUGAAUCUGAGGACGAGCCCGUUCAAGACCUGAAUCCUGAUCUUGAGCUGCUGUGUGAAUCGGAUCAGGAAGUAAGGGAUGACGACGACACUGGGAUUUCCCCCAGUAGCACUGUUUUAAAACCAGAGAUGGAUUUGAAAAUUGUACAAAUUGACUUUGAGCAAGCCGAGGCCGAGAAUAAAACGACAGGGGAAAGAUUCGAUUGUCCAGAGUGUUACCGUUGGUUUUCUAGUGCUUCAUCACUGCGAGUUCACAGAAUGUGGCAUGGCGUUCAUAAGAGAAGACAACAGACUCAAGGUCAGUCAGUGGCAGUUUACACAUGUGACACAUGUGGCCACGAAGCCAGUAGCUAUGCAGCACACUGCAGUCACAUACAACAACACAAGAAUGAAAACACAAGCAGUGAUGUAUUGUACCAGGCAGAGGGAUUGGAGAAGAAAAUAUUUACAUGCAAUGAGUGUGGUAAAUGCUUCUCGCGUUUGUCUGCUUUUGUCUCUCAUCAGUUGCAUCAUCCCAAAAGAAAACAGUUCCAAUGUCCAGAUUGCAUGAUGUCUUAUUCGUAUGCAGCUAGCUUGUUUAACCAUAUGAAAAACUGCUCCGCACAAAAGAAAGAGAAUAUUUCAGUCACUAAGAAAGAGUACAAUCCAAAGAAAACCCUUCUAGGCCCAAAGAUUUAUCAUUGUGAACAAUGUGGGAAGGGUUUUUGGUCUCUAGGAGCUUUCUCCCACCACAAGCAAAGUCAGACUCAGUGUGCAGAUUUGAGGCUAAGAAAAGGUGUUGCAGGAUCUCUGCACUCUGCUAAUGGACACCCACGCUCCAGUGUUAAGGUUGCAUGUCCAGUGUGUGGUAGAAAGUUCCGUCACAAGGGCAUUAUGGCCUUGCACAUGCGAAAACAUGAAAACGGAAAUCAUAAAUGUGAGCUCUGCAACAGGUCGUUCCGACUUUUUUCCAGCCUCCUCAGACACCAGGUUGUGCAUAAUGACCAGUUACUCCCACCACCGAGUAAGUCUUUUCAGCAUCAGGUUGAGCAGUUGAAAAAGAACACGUACAGCUGUCCUGACUGUGGGAAGUUGUUUUCACGGGCCAAAGCACUUCAGUUUCACAUGAAAAGCCAUGGGUACGAGACCGGGCACUCGCCUUCAUCUCCGAGAUCCACUGUCACACUUGAGGAUCUCCAGUGUGCAACAUGCCUCGCACAUUUCAACAACAAGGCCUCUUUGAGGGCUCAUCAAAAACUUUGCAUUAAAAGAGACAGUCAAGCAGUUGAUUGUAAGACAGAACCCUCAGAAAAUAAUGAUAGUCUAACAUUACACGAGUAUAGUAUGGAUGACAGCACACAGGAAAGCUCUGAUCAAAUUACAGUUAAUACUGAAGUAAAGAAGGAAAUGGACAGUGGGGAGCUAAAUAUGGAAAAUCAAUCCGGUGGAAACUUAGAAAACCCAUGUACAACCAAUUUGAAAUACAAAUGCAAAAAGUGUGACAGAAGCUUUUCAGUGGUUGGAGCUUUGAAUUUUCAUAAAAGAGUCCAUGCUGAGGGUAACAAAUCUGUAGCAAAAGGGAAAUUGGCCAUGUCUGUAAUGCUAAAGAAACCUAAACAGGAAGAGCCAAGUAAAGGACUAUUUCACUGCUCAGAAUGUGGGAGGCGAUUCAUGUCCAACUCAGCCCUCGGCUCCCACAAAAGAUGGCACAAAGAAGAUAUAAAAUUUCUUGGCCACAAGGCAGAGGGUGGACCUUUUCAGUGCCACAAAUGUGGCAAACAAUUUUUUAACCAUUGUGUUCUCCAACGCCACCAGAUGUUUAAUCCUCAGUGUCAGACCAAAACUGAGCCAGAGCCCGAGUCAAAUAAAAGCGCGAAGAGCAGCAGCCCACUGGAGACCAUCUCAUGUCCACAAUGUGACGAAACAUUUGUGCAAGGUUCACUUCUAGCUGCCCACUGUGAAAAAGAGCACAGUAACACUCUGGAAGCUGCAGAACAUCAAGGCGACAGGCUCGGCUUGGUUGACGUAAACUUUGACGUGAGUGAGUCCACGUCAACAACGCUAAAGCCAAAAGCUCACCAGUGUCCCCUCUGCUCUAUGACCUUUGCUAAAGCAAGAGGUCUGCGCGCCCACAAAUGGCAGGCCCACUCAAGGAGGACGAAAGGCAAAAAUAUGGUUCCUUUGAGUACUAAAAAGGAGUCGGUUGCCUCAAGCACUGAAGUCAAAAAGACAGAAAAUUUACCAGCUGUAGAUGGCGCCCGAGUGACAGUGAAAAAAAGCACUGUUGGCAGAAGAAAGAAGAAUCCGCAGGUCAGAUCAGAACCCCCACCGGUAAAACCUGUUUCAUGCCUUGAUUGUGGGAAGCAGUGCAGUUCUACUGGUGCCCUCCUUGACCAUAAGAAAGUAUGCCUGGAGGUAAAACACGAGUCUAAACAGGAGAUUCAAAUUCCUGAAAACACAGCCGAUGUAUCCCCGCCUCCUAGCCGCCUGUCGGAGCAUACAGCCAAAUGCCUUUUCAAGUGUGACAAGUGUGGAAAAGCUUUCCAAACAGAGGAACAAUUAGGAGCCCAUAAGACUAAGGCAAGGAGCCGCCCUUAUUGUUGCGCCCUGUGCUGUCACGGCUUUUGGACUGAGAAUCAGCUGCAGCAACACCUCGCAUGGCACGACGAAGUCCGCUGUCGUCUCCCGAAUGAAGUUCGCUAUAGGCUCAGCGCUGCUAUGACCUCAAAUCUUUUAAAACCCAACAUGCCCUCUGCCGACAGCAGAGGGAAGUCCUUUUCGUGCUCUACACUGAACCAACCUACACUUAACCCAGACAGCCAGUCGCAAAGUAACCAUAAGUGCCAGCAUUGUGGCAAAGCCUUUCUUUCACCAACUGCGUUACAAAAACACGAAACUCAGCACUGUAACAAUGACUCGUAUCAUUGCUCCAUCUGCCCGCGGACCUUCAGUGAAAUACAGGACCUUAUCGAUCAUCACCAGGAAUGUAUCGGUGACUUACAAAAGGCAGAGUGAUGCCCUUGCUGCUACCAGAUACCAAUGUCCUUACUUGCCUUGAAUGUGGAACUACUUUUUGUCGAGAAACUAAUUUGCACCAGCACUAUUUUGAACAUGCCCGUGGAGUGUACAGCAUUAGACUAAACCACCUGCAAAGGAUUGAAAUUAAG